GGGGUCCUUCAAUAACCCGGAAGUCUGGCUCUCACAUGUUGUUGUGUACAUGCACCGGUUGCUAAGCACAGUUACCACACUGUGCACCAUUACGGCCAGCAUUGUUGAUGUCAGUAGACUCUUGAGGGAAUAAGAAGAUGAAAGUGGUCGCGUUAAUAAGUGGGGGCAAAGACAGCUGCUACAACAUGAUGCAGUGUGUUACCGCUGGGCACCGGAUCGUAGCUCUGGCCAACCUCCGUCCUGCUAACACAGAUGAGUUGGACAGCUACAUGUACCAGACAGUGGGCCACCAGGCCAUAGAGCUGUAUGCUGAAUGCAUGGAUCUGCCCCUUUAUCGACGCACCAUCCAGGGCUCUAGUCUGGACAUCAGCAGAAACUACAGUAAAACAGAGGGGGAUGAAGUGGAGGACCUGUAUGAGCUGCUGCACCUUGUCAAGGAAAAGGAGGGUGUCGAGGCAGUGUCUGUAGGGGCCAUUCUCUCCGAUUACCAGAGGGUCCGUGUGGAAAAUGUAUGUUUGCGGCUAGGUUUGCAGCCCCUGGCCUACCUGUGGCGCCAAGACCAAGAGUCCCUGCUCUCCAAGAUGAUAUCAUCUGACCUCCAUGCUAUCCUCAUCAAAGUUGCCGCCUUCGGCCUGGAUCCAGAGAAGCACUUAGGGAAACCUCUGGCUGACAUGGAGCCCUAUCUGAAACAGCUCUCCCAGAAGUAUGGAGUUCAUAUUUGUGGAGAAGGAGGUGAAUAUGAAACCUUCACCCUUGAUUGCCCCCUCUUCAAAAAGAAGAUAGUUAUUGAUGCAACAGAGACAGUGAUCCACUCAGCAGAUGCCUUCGCUCCAGUUGGCUACCUGCGCUUCACCGAGAUACACACCGAGAGCAAAGACAGCGAUGUGGUGGCGAGAGCUUUGCCCCAUGGUAGUUGUCCUUGCCAGAGCGCCAUUGACAAGAUGACUGAGGAGGUGGAAUAUGCUGAUCAAGCUGAAGACAACCAGCAAGAAUUUACAUCAAAUUGUGACCUUAGUUGUCAGCAGGGCCACGAUCUCCCUCCAUCCUGCUCACCAAGAAGCUCCAGAGGCUAUCAGUGGAUGUCUGGCAUCAACGGCCUUCAGAGCCAAGAACCCGGGAUCCAGGGCCAGACAUGGGCAGCUUUCACACAGCUGCAAAGUGAGUUGGACAGCAGAGGCUGGAAGAUGAAGGACAUUAUCCUCGUCCACCUGUAUGUGAAGUGCAUGGAAGACUUUGUUCCACUCAACACAGUCUAUAAGAAACACUUUGGCAUGAACCCUCCAGCCAGGGUGUGUGUCCAGGCUCCUCUACCUGCCGGUCAGCUGCUGCAGAUGGACUGCCUGCUCCAUGACUGGACCGAGCCCCUUGAGGAAGGUUGCUUCCACCAGAGGGAAGCCCUGCAUGUCCAGAGCCUGUCCCACUGGGCCCCAGCAAACAUCGGGCCCUACAGCCAGGCCCUCAGGGUCGAUCAGUCAGUUUUCUGUGCUGGCCAAAUCGCUUUGGUCCCCUGUACCAUGCAGCUGGUCAAGGCUGGCACCAGGACGCAGGCCCAUUUGUCCUUCAGCUAUGCGAAGAAGGUUCUGGAGGCGGUGAUCAGUAGCCUGACUCUAGUUCAUGUGGUCCAGGCCCACUGCUACACUACAAGACACCAAGAUAUCCCCAUCAUCAGAGCUGUCUGGGAGAGCAUGCUGAGGGCUGAAGAGGAAGAAAAGGAUUUGUCGUGGGAGCCGGAGAGCAAACCUGCGCCAUUGUUGGUCGUUGUGGUACCUGCAUUACCCAAGGGUGCAGCUGUUGAGAUUCAUGUAACCGCAAUUCAGGAUGACCCCAGCGAAAGGACUUCCUGUCACAUGACUACAAAGUUGGCAUGUGGAUCCAUACAGUGCCACACUGUAACAUCUGCUGACAUGUGUAGUGCUUCCCUUGCCCUCUCCGUGGCUGUGCCCGGCGAUAACCUGGAGGUCGUAGGCGUGAAGGAUGUUACGGAAGCAGUUGGCGCUACAUUCAAUAAAGCCAUGAAGAAGAUGGAUGGUGAGCUGGUGCCACUGUGUGCCAGGGCGUUCUACAAGUGCAACCACUCAGCGGCUCAGCAGAUUGUGAAAGGACUUGAAGAAGGUUUGAGAAGCUCUCUGGGAGAGUCCAGUCCAUCCUUGGCCCUGGUUCCAGUCCUGGACUUGCCUGACACCCAGAUCCUCCACCUGUCCUGCUGGCUCAGUUUAUAGAAACACAGCCAGAGUCAACAACCAGACUCCAGUCAUCACAGCACUGGAAUUCAGUGGGGCUUUUCUGGAGGCGCGACUCUGACAGCCCCAACACCUAAUGACUUACAACAGGACAUCAGUGAAUGUGGAAAAGAAAAACUGCAUAACUGCUCCUGAAUUUGGACUGUUUGUCACUGCUAAUUGUUGAAAUGCAAAGCUGUGUCUGUCUCCAAGUGGUUUUGGUGAUGUGCGGUUUUGAGGAUGUGUUUAUUCCACUUCACAUCCCAGAACUUAGGCUAGUAAUUCACCUUGUCCUCCCCUAGAGUUGUAUACUGCAGCAGCUGCUAUUCCGCCUCAGAGAUGAGUCUUACGGAACUUCUAUAAGCUAAGGCUGCAUACCAGAAGACCGGAGACCAUAGUCUACAAAAGGAGACGCCAGCAGUGUCUCAUCCCAUGAGGCGAUAAACUGUAUCCCCUGAUAUCCCACUGUUUCUGGUGGAAUUUCUCUUAGCACACCAGCUAACACCCCUCAUAAAGGCCUAGCACCACCGCUGACACCAUCUGUUCAGUUGUAAACCUAUAGAUUUACUGUGUGACUGGUUUGUGGCCGUGUGUAAUGUGUGCGGAUGAGGUGACUGUGUAUCUCCCUCUCAUGCUCCAUGGGAUUCAAGGUGUGUUAUUAUUGUGUAAUAGGCAAUCAGCGCAGAGCACCUGAAAAGAUUAAGCCUCUUUAUGUUUUCUAUUGAUUCUAAGGCAACCUGGUUAAUAGGAGAGGGGACACUACAACACACAGCUGCAGGGCAGGUGUGUGUUCUGUGUGUGUGUAUUGGGGAGUGUCAAUGGACACAGUGUGACGAUGUGGGAAGAAAAUAGCACUAUUAACCAUUGCUCCUGGAACAUUUCUUUUCUCAAAGAUCAUGAACCGUAUUGAUGAUCCGAGUUGGAAUGCAUCUUCACUCCGGCUAUUCUCUUCAUCGCUCUUGUGAUGGCGGGAGAGUGGAGUGGGCUAUUGAUCUUCACCCACCGCAAUGUUGUUUUGAUUGUUGUUAUCAAAAAUUGAACAAUAGAGGCAACCAAUAGAGCCUGAAGAUUUUUUAUUGAGGGUUGAAAAACACAAACACGCAAUUAUUUAUGAGAGCGAGCAAGCCAAUGCCCCAUAAAUAUACAGUGUGUGUUAAUGUUCACCUGUUUGGUUUUAAAGGGCCCUACCAGGGGGAGACUAAGAAUUUUUGAGUGAUGCAGCUGUCUGAUAAGCAUUAAGAUAUAAGUAUUUUUUUUAAUAAAGUACUUUUAUUAUGUGCUUUUACACCUCAGUCAGGUAAACUGGAAUUACAUCCACAAAACAGCGACAGAUUUUGCAGUGGCAUAAGUGUUUUCUUUGUCAAAUUACUUGAUUUUUUUAUUUUUGUUUAUUCAUUUCUGAAUGUGUGUAACAGUCUGAAAGAAAAGCAGGAUGUGGCCAAACAAGUCUUUGCUGAACAAGCAUGUAUGUUCAGCAGUCUUAUGGACUAAUUAAUGGUGUACAAGGAAGAUUGAAAAAUGUUUUUGUUCAAAUUGAGCGAUGAAAAUGAAGAAUAACGACAUGAACUGGAAAUGUACUUAAAAUGUAAAAUGUAACAUAAAUAUUAAAAUUCUUUUUUAUA